GUUGGCUCCCCUAGACUCCACCCUUCAGCUCUCGUCGACAUUGCCCAACUUUGCUUACACUUACAAGCGCCUGUCCACAACUAGCAGCAGUGCACCGUGGACGAAGCUGUCAAAAUAAUUUUAUUGACUGUGCUAGGUUGUGUGCCUGAGUCUAUUCCAGCUUUUAGGAUUUUAGGGAGAAAGGAAAGCUGCACCUCUUUCAAGGACACGAGUUAGGAUUUGUGCAGAAUGGCGUCUGACCUUCCUGUGGAGAAGCAGGCACUGCAUGUGCCUGACUUGGCGGAGAUGGCGCAAGCUCUUCGAGAAGGCCUGAUGCAGACUUUCCAGACGGUCGAGACGGAGGUCGUCGACUGCCCCGACCUCACCGAGAAACCGUGGUCGUUGGCUGCUCCAGGAAUAUGCGGUGAUACAUGCCUAGCAGACGUCGGCGGUCCUCCCUACCUCAUUCCGCAGCCCACUCAGGAAAAAAUCGGUCGUUACGACAUGGCAGAAAUUGCAAGUUUGUGUGGAGUACCUGGUGGUCUGGUGUUUGGUGCUGGUGCUGCCUCCAGUCGUGUCAGAGGAACCAACUGCGAGAUGAUGCCGAAUAACCUGACGUCAGAUCCCGACAAGAAGCUGUCCUACACAGCACGCGUGGGUGAGACAGGUACGGAGUGUGUUCUUGAAGAAUACAAAACCAACGAGUUCAGCUUGCUGGCCAACUUGUCCAUCUCCCGUGGACAACCAGGCAAGGUGAUCCGUGUGACAGUGUCCAACCGCAGCGGUGAGAAGAAUUUCGUGACGGCCAUGCGCCUGGCACUGGCUGAGCGCUACGGAGACAAGUCGGUUGGCGUCGGCGGAGUGUUUCAGAUCGAGAAUGGCAGUGCGAAGAUGCAUAUCAUGCCGGAUUUCUCCAGCACUCCUCUCCACUCGGACAAGGAUGUAGAAGACUGGCUCAUGUUUUACAAUGCCAAUGCGCCUCUCACCUGCCUAUCAACAUUUGUCAGUCGUGAUCCGGGUCUCGACCUUCGUGUAGAGCACACACACUGCUUCAGUCACCAUGGCGAAGGCGGCCAUUAUCACUAUGACGUCACACCGGCCGACGUGCGCUACACUGGGUACUUUGUCCCGGCAGAGUAUAUCUGCAGAGUGGAUAGACCGACAGUCACACACACCAUCGGACGGGAUUGAAUCUCCACGCGCGCGAAUACUUGUACGGGACAAACUGCCAGAUCAGAGGACGUGAAGUCCUAUGCUAAUUUACUUAUUGAAAUUUAUUUACAGAGACUGUGUGUCUGUGUCUUGGCUACUUUUUUUUUGAAGCAAGUGUAACCCAUCAAACAGGUAAUCAUAAGUAGUUGAAGUGCCAGCAGAAAAUUUAACUGUUGCCAACAGGCAUUUGCCAUCAUAUUACUUGUAUUCAAAACAUGUAGUUGGCCCGGAAUUCUUUUUCAUAUGGUCUGUUCACACUAGAUUUAUAUCACUCUCUUGUCGACGCUGGUCCGUUCUUUAUGUUCGCUAGAUAAUGUGUUUGCAGUUUAACUUUGCGCCGUAUUGGUUCAUAUUUCUACUUCCAGCAACAGCCACAGAAGUACUAUCAUUGAGAGGGAAGCGCAGCCUCGUGAAUAGAGCGAUUAAGAUGCACUUGACCUGAAUGCAAACGUAGCCGGCGCGCAGUCAGGUCAGACCCAGGAAUCACACAGGUUGUGUAAUUAUUUGAUAGUAAGAAAAGAAGAA